GGUCUCCUUUGAACGGUCUAUAGUACCCAGUACCAGUACCUUCGGUGUAUUUUGGUUCAGGUGUUUCCUCGCCUCCGAGCGCCAUAUACCUCUGUGACAUCACUCUGACAUCAUCAGGGUCAUUAACGACCAUAACUGAAGCGUUGAGCGUGAACAUGCAGGUAGAGUCUAAAGGUACUUUACCUGCAUCGUCACAAACAGAGGUAACCAUGGCAACUGUCUCCCAUCCUGCAUCUGCUGUCCAUACCUGCAGACCUCCCUGCUCCACGCACACACACACACACACACACACACACACAGACACACACACACACACUCACACAGAUACACACAAAUAUACACACACUGUCUGCUCCCGGUACAUCCACCAGCUGGUUUUCUCUCUGCCAAGUCCUGACAGUGUGUGAAUCUUUGUGUGUGUGUGUGUGUGUGUGUGUGUGUGUGUGUGUGUGUGUGUGUGUGUGUGUGUGUGUGUGUGUGUGUGUGUGUCAGAGAGCCGGCAGCCUUUUCUUUGUUUAGUUGAAGUGACAGCAACAGCUUCUCCCUGUCUGCUGGUGUAGGACGUCAAACACACACACACAUCUACUACACAAACACACACACACACACAGACAUAAACUCACACACCGACAUUUAAGGAAACACAAAAGAACACACAUACACACACAAACACACACAGACCGUAAUGUCUGUUUAUGUAGGAGCCAUGUUUAUGUCAGUGUGUACAUGCAGUGUGCGUGUGUGUGUGCGUGUAUGUGUGUGUAUGUGUUUGUGUGUGUGUGUGUGUGUGUGUGUGUGUUUGUGUAGUAGAUGUGUGUGUUUGUUUUUGUCCCUAAAUGUUUGGACUUCUUCUGUGUCUCUAAGUCAUGUCAGUUCAUAAUAUUGUGUUUAUGUGUGUGUGUGUGUGUGUGUGUGUGUGUGUGUGUGUGUGUGUGUGUGUGUGUGUGUGUGUGUGUGUUUGCUCUCUUCCUGUUGAACCCCCCCCCCCCCACCGGUUGAUUGGCUUGGAUUGGCCUGAAGACGGUUGUCACGGCAACCAAGUGCUGCAAUGAUGGAGUACAGAGAGAGACAAGUUGAACGGCGUCUCCUUCUCUUGGAGGAGGUGUCGAGGUGACGCGUGAUUGGUUAGUUUUCUGGUCAUUCCUGUGAUGUCAGGAGUGUUGACAGUCUAGAUCGUGAGCGCAGAUCUAUAGACAUGUGAAACCUAGAUCCUGGUGAGAUCUUUGGUUCUGAGUCAACCAUCAGCCUUGCUUAUGAACCGCCGCUCUCUCUGCAGUUUCUCAGUGAAGGGGCGGAGCCUAAUGACAUCCUGUGACUCAUAGGAUGUCAGUCAAAAACGGCGGAAUAUCCCUUUAAGCAUGUAGAAGACAAGAUAGGCUGUUUUAUCCACUAGGGGGCGCCACAAAAAAGAGUUCCCCACAGGAGCUUUAAAAUAAUGAAGGUCCAACCUGAACGUCUCUGCAGCUUCUUCACCUCCAUCAACCUCCAGCAGCUGUCCGUCAACAGAUGACCAACACACACACACACACACACACACACACACACACACACACACACACACACACACACACACAUAAUUCCUUCCACCACAUCAGCUCUGUCCUGGUCGCUGUGUGAAAAUCUCUCUCUCUCCUUCUGUCUCUGUCUCCCUGUAACAAUAGCAUGUUGUCUAAACACUCACACACACACACACAUACACACACACACACACACACACACACACACAGCAUCAUUGUGUGUGUUUCCAAGGCAUCAUGGGAAAAAAAUGAGACAAAAAGGAGGGACGAGGGAUGAGAGAGAGAACAAGAAAAGACGAGCUCAUGGGGGAAAAUGGCGGCCUGUGAAAAUUCACACACACACACACACUUAAACACACACACACACACUUAAACACACAUACACAGAAACAAACACACAAACAACAGUGGCAGAUUUAAUGCGGCGUUGAGGGUAUUGAGGGUGUGGAGGUGUGAUUUAGGGGGAGUGGGAAACGCCGCCGCUGCCGCCUCCAGUGAAUUGGAUCAUCAACCACAUCCCAUGACACACACACACACACACACACACACUCCGAGUUAUUAGGUGGAGCAGGUACAGCUGGGACUUGGAUUUAAAGACAACACCACCUGGCCUGAUGGUAGUCUGACGAUGAUUAACACACACACACACACACACACACACACACACACACAGUCGCUACACAAAGACACAAAGGCACAGAUGCAUGUAUACACUUUCACUUCACACACACACACACACACACACACACACACACCUGCCUCUUCUUCUUCUUCUUCUGUCUCUCACAGACGGCGUUUAUUUGCUGUUUUCCUUGUUUUGAUUUCAGAUCGAUGAUGAAGAUGAUGAUGAUGAUGAUGAUGAUGAUGAUGAUGAGGAUGUGAGAUCUGGUUGUUGUUUUCUGUCGUCUGCAGAGUCCAAAGUUUUAUUUUCCUGUUUGUUUUUUAAAGAAGUGUUGAACCUGAAACAAAGACCCUCUCACACUUCAGUUUGUCAAACGUCCCAAACAAACAUUCGAGCAGAAACGAUGAAACUUUCAGGACAAAAACAGGAUCAAAUCAGGUUCACUGUGACAGGACUGAUAAUAACCAUCUUUAAAAAAAUAGAUAUCCAUGUUCAUCUGAAAACAAACAUUUUCAGUUCUUAGUCGUCGCAUCAUAAAACAGGAG